AUGUAUACAAAAAAGAAAUCGUUAUUAAAUAUUGAUGUGGUUGACCAAACGUGGAACAUCUUCAAUGUGACAAAGUAGUACCGAUGAGGCGAUGGCAAGUAAAAAAAAAAUAUUAAAGGCAAGGAGGAAACGGAACUGCUGUACCACUCUUCUCAUCGCGACCCACAUGCCGUUGCUUUCAAAAUAAUAAAAUACCUAUACGUCUCAAUGGAAAGGCACUUGCUUUCGGACGCUUGAACAGUUCGCGUUUUCAAACGGAACUGAUCGGGUCUUAAGGAAGUUAAGAUACUUGCGACUUAAGUAUUCGUACUUAAGCCAAGUAAUCGGGCUAUGAAUAUAAGUGCUUCUAAAUAACUCAUUCAGAAGUAACUAACCGGCAAAUGAAGAAGUGAUUUUUUUAGAUAAAAUUGUGUUUUUCAACGAUAAGUGUUAUACAUAAAGACUUAUGUGGAUAAGAAGAAAAUACUUCUUGUGAAGAUUUAAAGUGCAAAAUAAAUUAAGAAGAAAUGACCACGAUAUUGAAUUCUACUCAAAAUCUAGCCAAAGACGCUUAUCAUUACUACCUCUGGACAUUGUCUUUAUCAGAUUCUCGAACAAGAGGAUGGCUUUUUGUCGAUUCACCCGUACCAACGUUAGCUUACACCCUACUAUAUUUAUUUAUAGUAUGGUUAGGUCCGAAAUUGAUGAAAAAUCGGGAACCUUUCAAAUUAACCUGGCUUUUAAUACCAUAUAAUUUAGCGAUGGCCCUUUUAAACGCAUACAUUUCGAUACAAUUAUUUACGGCAUCGAUUCGACUGAGGUAUAGUUACGUUUGCGAACCUUGCCGACAAAAAGAUGAUCCUGACGAAUUACAAAUAACCAGCGCGGUUUGGUGGUAUUAUUUCUCAAAACUCCUCGAGUUCUGCGACACCUUCUUUUUUAUUUUAAGAAAGAAAGAUCAGCAAUUAACGUUUUUGCAUGUGUAUCAUCAUUCGACGAUGUUUACUUUAUGGUGGAUUGGAAUUAAAUGGGUACCAAGCGGUUCAACAUUUUUGCCGGCAAUGGUAAAUUCAGCAAUUCACGUUUUGAUGUACUCCUACUACGGUUUAGCCGCUUUGGGGCCGAAAGUACACCAAUAUCUUUGGUGGAAAAAGUACUUAACGAUCUUGCAAAUGAUUCAAUUUACUUGCGCUUUAAUCUUGGGAAUAAAUGGUAUACGAACUGGAUGUGAAUUUCCUUUAUGGAUGCAUUACACCCUUAUUUUGUACAUGGUCUCUUUUAUCGUUCUUUUUGGAAAUUUUUAUGUUCAAGCUUACAUGGAAAAGGGAAGGCAAAUUUUCUUCGGCGGUAUGGAUAUGGGUUGUGGCCAAGGAACUUUAUACAUCCCCAAUCAAAACGAAAUCAACAAAAAAUCGGAUUAAGGGUAGCAUUUUUAUCCCGAACUUAUAUUUAUUAGGAAAAAUGAAGAUAUUAAUGUACAGCCCCGGUUACAAGUUGUUAUCAGUGUUGUUAUUAGUUGCGUAAAUGUUGUUGUACAUUGCAUUAGAAAAAAAUU